CUUCCUCUUAGCCCACACUACUACUAUUACUAUCGCUGAUUUAUUACUUUAUCUCGCACUUCAUUAGUAUCGUUGAACUACCCAUUCAUUCCCUUCCCGAAAUCCCUGGGCCUGUAUGCCUACCCCCAAAAUCCUGUAUAAUACUUGCUCAUUGGAUAGCAUUUCAGUAUGGCCUGUUAAACGUUCCGCGCUGUGGCUAUGCUUGAACAUUUCCUGCAGAGUGUCGAGUUGCGGAAGAAACGCGAUUUGUCUGCCAUUAUCUGUAGCUUGGUGUAUUGAUGGAAAAAGUUUGCAGUAGAAAAUUGUGAAAUAACGAAAAUAAUUUUGAUUACUAAGGUUUCAAGUAUUGUCCACUGUUAACGUUUUUGUAAGGUUCUGAGAGUAAUUAUUUGAAAUAUUAUCAGUCGCAAGUUUCGAAGAAAAUUACUGAUAGCUGCAGUGUUUUUGGUUCUUAUUUUCGAAAUUUUAGAAAUAUCAUUUGUGACAUUGUAGGCGAAACAGGUGUGGCUGUUUGAAAACCCCAUCCGCAUCAUUUGUGUGUGACAGACUUGGAAGGAAGGUCAGGUGGGGUCAGAAGGACCUCGGCAAGUGGUAGUAGAUUAUACGGAAAGUCUGUUGAAGAGAAAACCAAGGAAAGAAAGGAAACAUGGAGUGCGGGGCAGUACUUCGUCUGCUUGGGAGGGCCCGUCAAAUCAAGGGCGGGCCCUUUUGUACCCUUGCGCUCGCCCCCACCGCUGUCAUCUCAAGGAUGCCCAACGUUUUAACUCAGGUGUGCCCCGUUCCACCUGUUGCCGCCCUGCAGUGUGCCUCAUCCUCCUCCUCCUCCAUGAGGAGACGAUGGUGCUCCACCACCUCCAAAUCAUCCUCUGCCCCACAACAAGGUGUAACAGUACAGGUGUGUAACGGGCUCCCACAGCUGACAGUGCCCCUCCCAUCUCGUCGAGAUCUAUGUCGCUUCACCCUCCGGCCUGUCACUCACACCGUACAAGAUUUCAUCAAUCAGCUCACUCACGAAGAUCAUGGCAUUGACAGGGUACUCCUCAGAACCGCAGAUGGUGUUCGAAUUUCUUCGUCCGAUAGCAUCGAAUCCUUACUUAUGAACGACUUCGACCUCGAGAUCAACGAUAUGACAUAUCGAGUUGUUGUUCCUCCUGGGCAGAAACUGACCCUGGAAGAGCUUAGUGACAUGGGAGAUGUUCGACAUCUGGUGAACAAGUUGUACAUGGCCCUUAAUGUAGAUCAGCAUCAGGUUAUGAAGGAACGUGAAAUCCUCGCACAAAUAGAGGAAAUAAAAACACAACUUGCACCUUUGGAAAAGAAACGUGAAAACCUAGUAAGUGCCGCUGAGAGACGCACCACCAUUUUAGCCUGGGCUGGUCUUGGCUACAUGGCACUUCAGUUUGGGUUCCUUGCCAGAUUAACCUGGUGGGAGUACUCCUGGGAUAUCAUGGAACCUGUGACUUACUUUGUUACUUAUGGUACAGCCAUUGGAGCAUAUGCAUAUUACGUAUUAACAAAGCAGGACUUUGUUUUACCAGAAGUGCGUGAUCGUCAGUUCUUAAUUAGUUUCCAUAAGAGGGCUAAAAAGAUAGGAAUGGAUGUAGAAAAAUAUAAUCGGCUAAAGGACAGAAUCGCCCAAUUAGAAAAUGAUCUUGAUAGGCUACGAGAUCCUCUGGCUCUCAAUUUACCUCACAGUGCCCUCAAGGAUGCAGAAACAGCAGAAGCCCCAUUAGCCAAGGCACAAAAACACAUCAAAAACUUGUUGGGACUGAAAAAUGAAAAAUAGCUCUGAUAUUUUAAUUAAUUAGAAUGAUACCGAAAUGCAGGAAUUUUGUAAUUUAGAUUUUUUUAGCAUAAGAUGGACAAGUUGAUAGUUGUCCCAAUACACAAAGUUGCUCAGCCAAGCCUUAGCAACAUUUUAAUAAAAUCAUGUCAGUGAUGGGAGUCUUAACUGCCAGUUUCAUUAUUUUAUAUGUAACAAUGAAAUAUAAAAAAAAUUGUUAUUAGAGGUUGGGUAUUCUUGAGAUUUGAAUGAAAAUGAGAGACAUUGUAUACAGUAGUACCCAAAGCCUUUUGGUAAAUAUAGAAAUGCAAUAUUCAGUCAUGGUUCUGGGAAUGCCAGCCAUUUUUGAACUUGUAUCAUACUGCAGACUGUAAAGCAAUGCGAACUAAAAGGCUCCAAAUAAUACGAAACUUCCUCUUUAAAAUGAAUAAGCUCUUGAACUUUUCCUCGAUGCAGUACAAGCUUUUCAAAUUGAUUAUAUUAGAAUGAUUUUAUAAUGUAUCAUGAUCUAUUAUGACUAGAAAACACUUCAUCCCUCUUUUACUAGCUCUUUAGAAAAGGCUUUUGCAUCUUCCAUUUACAAUAUUUGAAAAUGUACUGUAAACAAAUUGAAACUUUUUUUACUUGAAAUUAUGUACUAUAUGUUGAGUAGUACAGUAGUAUUCAGUUUUAAAAUUAAUUUGUAUAUUUUUUCUGCAGAUUGGCAGCGUGGAGUCAAAUAAUGAUAGUUAAUUAGGAAUCUCAGGUCCUUCAGGAUGAUAUUCUAUUUAGUUCUGGAAGACAAAUGAAUUCAAACAUUGUUUUGAUAUAUUGCAGUUACAAAAACAAUUUUUUUUUAGACAACAUCAUAUUUCAUAGAUCGAGCAGUUUACUAGAACGUAACAUAUAUCAAGUAAAACUGAUAUCAAUUUUAAAACAAAGUAAAUUAAGAUUUAUCUAGCAAAAGUAGACAAAUUUCUUGAGUACUUUAAGGGAAUAAAUGGCUUGUGAAUAGUUGGUGAAAAAUACAGUACAUUAUAUGCAAGUCAGAAUAUCAUAUUAUAUUGAUAUAUUAAUAGUAAGACGCAGACUAAAAAAGUUGUGAAAGCCUUAACUUCCUUUUCGUCUGGCUUCCUUAUGAAAUCAAAGAAGCGUAUCAAAAAGCACAAAUGUACUUAUUGUACGACAAUUGUUUUAUAUGUAAUGUGUACAUCAGUAUAUAUAUGAGUGGAUUGUUUCUAUAAACAUUUAAGAAAUAGCAAGUGAUUGUAUUAAUGGUAAGUCAUUAUUAAUUGUUUAAACUGUUAAUGAAUUAAUGCAGUGGCUUUUAAGAGUAAAAUUUGUUGAUUAAUGCAGUAUUAGAAGUUUGUAAUAUAAUAUAUUUUAUCAUUUGAUGCAGUAUAUAUGGUCAUAUUUUCUUUGUAUUAAAUGCAAGCAACAGUUUUUAUUUGAUCUACAACUAUAUUUGGCAAUUUUGUUUAGUAAAUUAGUAGUCCAGUAGUCUUGCAAAAUUUCGUAGAUAAUAGCUUAUAUAUCACAAAGCACUGUUAUAGGAUUUGAGUAAGCUGCUUAACUGUGUCUUCCGACAAUGAAGGACUUGUUGACAACUAAGGAAAAUUGGUAAACCUGUACAGUAUUUGCAUGUCUACAAUGUGGAAGAGUUUGUCAACAGUUGCAGCUGUGGGAUAUAUCUACUACAUUAUCCUAAUCCCUUCAGUGGAAAAAGACACUUUUACUUUUUUAAGUACUAAUGGUCUUAUGAUUAAAUUAAUUGCUUGGUAUUAGUAUAUACAUAUUUUGCAACACUAUAUUACAAUGAAAAUAUGCAGUUUUCCUUAGGUUAUAGAGUAGUUUCUCUCUUUUUUCUGUAUUUUCCUCUUCCUCUUUCUCUACAAAAGCUUUAGCAUUGGAUGGUGUUGUAAACUGUUUAGCUAUCCAUAAAAGCCAUCCUUCCUUAGCUGCCGCCAGGUUUUGGCAAGCAAUUACUGAUGACCUCGUCGUUUAUAGGGUCAGGGGGUGAUAAUGGUUACUAUUAGUUUUGUAUUACUGGUUGUUAAGGCUAGUCUUUCACAAUGUCAUUGGUUGAUGUUUACUAAUAUGUAGCCAGUUUUUAAGCAUUUUUAUAGUGUUAUCCUGAUAGGGAGAAAAGAAAGUUUUUAGCAAUACAUAUUUUAUAUCAAUAUAGUUAUUAUUCAUUGGCUAAGGUGAAACUUUUUAUAUGACAACUAUGUCAUUAGGAUCUUAUAAAACAGUAUUCUCAAUUCAAGUAACUUUAAAACCUUCUUGUCUUCUAUUUGAGAACUAUCUUAAUAUCAAUCUUAAUCCUAUUUAAUCUUUCUUCUUAGGUCUAAUUUUCCUAUGUAUUCUAAUUAAGCUAUGAUAUAAGUAUACACAGAAAACUUGAAUUAACUUUUACUUUAAAAUUUUUUAUAGAAGGGAAGGUUUAGCAAGAAAAAUACGAAGAAGACGUGUAAAAUGUGUUGCAUAUCUAAGAACCAGUCAAGUACAGAGAAAUUAAAUUUUACCAUGUAGUAUUUACUUAAGCAGAAAUGUUUAUUAAGGAAUGAUUCAAGAAUUUUAUAUUCUUCAAGGUAAACACAUUUCAUGAAUGACAUUCUUUAGUGGUAGGUUUAAAAUGAUCAAUUUUAAAUUUGAAGUCAUCAAUGGUUAUUAUCUUUCUUGGAGGCUAUACUGUUUUCUUUGGAAUAAAAGGUGAUAAACUUUAUUUUUAUGCCUAUAAGAUGUAAUGUUCAGAAUACUGUUACAUGAACUACACUGUGAAUGAUGUUAUAUCUGCAUAGUGGUAAAAUUCCAUAAAUUGUAAUGUUUUUAAAUACAUUACUUAUUUCACUUAGACAUAAUCGUGUUGAAGAAAGAAUAUUAGUGUAUAUUUUAUAUUGUUGUUUAGUUUUCCACAUACCGUUCAUAAUUUCCUGUGCUUAAUUUCUGCCACUUAAAUGGUCUUAUACGUAACGUGGUAAAAAAAUUCCUGCAUGUUGAAUUUCUUCAGAAAAGUACCUCCCUUGACAUUGCAUUGCUGAUAUCUUGAUUUUAUACUUUACAGGUAUAUACUAUUUUACCACCACAUAUAUAUUUGGAGGGAAAGUUUUAUCAAUCAUGAACUAACAUAUCCAGUAAAUAAUGAACUGUAGGCCAGCAAAUAUUGAUAAUUAGAUGACUAAAAUUUAGAUAUCAAACUGGUGCUAUUCCAAUGUAAGCUGACCUCGAGUUCAUCAGUUAUUAUAGUACCAUCAUUGGCCAAAUUCAGACUUCUGUCAUCCAGUUUACUGUAAUUAUAUUAAAUUGCAAUUAAUAAUGGCAAAUUAGCAUUAUCCCAGUCUUUGUGUUCUUUUAUUGUUUCUAUGAACCCUUUGAAUACUGAAUAAAAAUGAACUAGUACAUUAAAUCAUAUUAUUUGUAUAUCUAUUUUUGAUUUCAUAUAUUUCUUUAUUUUGUCACUAUUUAUAACAGAUUUUUUUCCUUUGCUUCCAUUAAGAAAAUUGAGCCUAUUGGUCAUUAGUGAUAUACAUAUAUCAUACAGAUAUUAAAACCACUGUCGAUUUCAAAGGCUAACAGGAAUUAGUGUAACUUUGCACAUAUACACAGUUGUAACACCCCAUCCUCUCACUAUCAUUUUCUUUAUUUUUCAUUAUGAUGCUGAAUUGACUUCUUGGUCCCAGAGCCAGAGGGCUGGCCUCAAUGCCCCCCCCCCCCC